AUGCCAUAUUGUGUUGCUUUUCAGGAAUGGCAGGCGUCUGCGGAUCUGAAACCGGCCCUGUACGACCACCUGAGGAAAUGGGUGCCUCGGAUCUACUGUCACAAGGAGGAGUCCAACCCAAAAGAAGAAGAAGAAGAGCAAGUCCAGAGACAGCUACUCCGUCCACUGGAGUACUUUCUGUUUGGUGAAGAUCCCGAUGAAGGUGUAAAAAAGCUCAAGCAGGGCAAUUCGUCUUCCCAGCUCUGUGGGCGCGUCUUCAAAGAAGGAGAGACAGUCUACUCUUGCAGGGAUUGUGCAAUAGAUCCUACAUGUGUACUGUGCAUGGACUGCUUCCAGGAGAGCGUGCACAAAAGUCAUCGUUACAAGAUGCACGCCUCAUCCGGUGGGGGGUUCUGUGACUGUGGCGAUGUGGAAGCCUGGAAAAUUGGCCCGUGCUGCUCUAAACAUGAUCCAGAAGCAGCCACUGCUAUGGUAACAAAUGAGUGCACAUUGGAGCCAGAACUCUGUCAGCGUAUUGAGAUGCUCUUCAGGGUAUUGCUGAACUACUUCACAGACUUCAUGGACUGGGCGGAAGGUCGGCAGCUAUUCGCUCUACUUAAACCCGAGGAAAAAGACAACACAUACUUCUGUAUGUUAUACAAUGACGAGCACCAUUCAUACGACCAUGUGAUCUAUACCCUACAGCGAUCUGUUAAUUGUGAUCAGGCUGAAGCGCAGACUCACACCGCUCUUAUUGACAAAGAGGGUCGGCGGGCGGUAAAGAAAGGAAGCCUAGAGUCAUGCCAGCAAGCGAAAGACCUCAUCAAGUACAACUCCGAGCAUAUUUCCCUGCAGCCGCUACGUGUUGAGGUCCUGCACUCGACUGUUGUCGCUCAUCAAACAUUCGCUCUGCGUCUCGGUUGCUGGUUUCAGAAGAUCAUCGGUUACUCAGUGGGCUUCAGACAGGCCUUCUGCCGGGUGGCACUGGAGCCCAACACAGAACAGACCAACGUCUGUUGCAUCAGCAGACUCAUGUUACUCGAUGCCAAACUGUAUAAAGGAGCACGCAAAAUUGUUCACGAGCUGAUUUUCUGUAGCAUACUAAUGGAAACUGAAUUCAAAAGGCUUUUUGCAAUAGAGUUCACAAAGCUGUAUAAGGAUUUACAGCAUAACUUCAUUGAUGACGAUCAUGAAAGGAGUAUUUCCAUUACUGCACUGUCUGUUCAGAUCUUUACUGUGCCCACACUGGCAAGGUACCUGAUUGAAGAAACAAACGUCAUUACAAGGAUAGUUAAUACAGUCAUGGCCCUGUUAAUGGAGCAUUUGGAUGUUAACAAUCGCUUCUUUUUUCUCGGUUACAACUCUGACAAGUUCUCUCGCAUCCAGGUCAUUUUCCAUGACCUCAGGUAUAUUCUGAUCAGUAUACCGUCCAUAUGGAGUUGUAAGCUUCGCAAACAAUUCAAAGAGGGCUUCAAUGCCUUUCUUGGCCUUCUGAAAUGCAUGCAGGGUAUGGAAGAAGUUGUGCGUCAGUUUGGUCAACACAUUGCUGUCGAGCCUGAGUGGGAAGCCGGCUUUGCGCUUCAGAUCCAACUCCGCCACAUUCUCACAAUGUUCCAGGACUGGUGCGCCUCAGAUCACAAGAUCCUGCUGGAAGCCUUUAGAGAUUGCCACAAAGUCUUGCAGCAAUGCAACAAUCAACCCUUCCGCAGGGAGGCAUCCGACUACUAUAUGUGCAAACAGAUCCUCUAUCUUCGGCCCUACAAAGUGUCUCAGGAACCUGUCAGCAUACAUUUACCCCUAUCCAGACUGCUUGCAGGCUUGUAUGUUCUUAUCUGCAAGAACGGAUUAUUUGAGCAACUGUUUGACAAAGAAUAUUACGACUUUUCCAACUUGGUUGAGCAUCCUCUGCGCUGUGUGGUGCUUGCUGCACAGGUAUCAGCUGAAAUGUGGCGCAGAAACGGACUCUCCUUGGUCAGCCAGGUCUACUACUAUCAAGAUGUGAGAUGUAGAGAGGAGAUGUAUGAUAAAGACAUCCUUAUGCUUCAGAUUGCUGCCUCCAGGAUGGAUGCCAACCAUUUUCUUAUGCUGCUAUUAAUACGAUUUGAGCUCUUGAGUUACUUCAAUGAAGGUUAUUCCAUCCGAGACCAUAAUGAAUUGUUGUUGUUGCAGUGGAAUCGACUGGCAGAAGAGAUGUUGUAUCUCCUUAUCAUCAUAGUUGGUGAGCGCUACGUCCCCGGUGUCACGGACGUGACGAAAGAGGAUGUCACGAUGAGGGAGGUCAUCCACCUGCUGUGCAUUGAACCCAUGGCACAUAGUAGUUUGGUCAAAGGCCUGCCAGAUAAUGAGAGCCAUGAAACAGGUCUUGAGUCUGUAAUAGAUAAAGUUGCCACAUUCAAGAAACCAGGAGUGUCAGGGCACGGAUUAUAUGAAGUGAAGAGGGAGUAUUUGGUUCAAUUCAAUCCAUUCUUCUACCAUUAUUCAAGAUCACAGCACAGCAAGGCUGAAGAGUCACAAAAGAAGAGGCGUGUUCACGAUGGGGCUGAUAAAGCUCUGCGUCCUCCGGUGCCGCCUCCUUUCUGUCCGGCUUUCUCAAGCAUCGUACAUCUCCUCUGCUGUGACAUCCUUGUCUACAUCCUCAGACGCUUGCUGCAGAGGGCAGCUGAAGAAAAGUCAAAUCUCUGGAGUGAAAUAAUGAUCCAACGGGCCUUGCACCUUAUUGGCCAGGCUUUGCUGGAAGAAAAAAGUCAACUUGAGGAAAGCGCUUCAGAGGAGGUGACAUUUGAUUUUAGCCUGAAGGCUCGCAGAGUAGAACACAACAAGUCCCUGUUCCUCUUUCUGUCGAAAAUGAAAGGUGUUCGUUCACUUGAAACUCAAAAGGACAUGAUCACAUGGUUACUACAGAUGUUUGAAAUUGUCAAGUGCCUCAGAGAGAAGUCCAGUCCAACUACCUCGAUGAGUAUGGAGACAAGCAAGCCUGAAGAAAGUGCUCAGGACAAAGAAAAAGCUGAGCGCAAAAGAAAGGCUGAAGCUGCCAGACUUCACCGCCAGAAAAUAAUGGCCCAGAUGUCAGCUAUGCAGAAAAACUUCAUUGAGUCUAAUAAGAUGCUUUAUGACAACAUGCCCGAGAGCGGCAUACAUGGAGAGCCUGUUUUAUCAACAGAGAGCUGUCCAACAGAGCAGAAGGAGCUUUGCAUUGCCAUCGGACCCCAACGAGGAUCCACCCCCGCAGAGAGGGAAGUGCUGACCUGCAUUCUUUGUCAAGAAGAGCAGGAAGUGGCAUCCCAGGCUCCGGCCAUGGUACUGACUGCCUGUGUGCAAAGAUCCACAGUCUUAACCCAGUGCAGAGGCAAGAUGCCCUCCAAUAAGGAAACAUCCUACCCGUUAUUCAUGCCUCCUGAACUGGCUGUAGGCACCCACACAGGCAGCUGUGGACAUGUCAUGCAUGCCACAUGUUGGCAAAAAUAUUUUGAAGCAGUCCAGAACACAUCCAGAAACAGACUCCACGCAGAACUGAUCAUCGACCUUGAGAAUGGGGAGUACUUGUGUCCUUUGUGCAAGUCACUAUGUAAUACCGUUGUUCCACUGAUCCCCCUGGAGCCACUUGUAUUUAAUUAUGAAAAUGCAGAAAUAAUUGGUCAACAUUUGACCCUAACUCGCUGGAUCCAUAUCCUUGAGGCCAGGAUUAAAGGACUUCAGUCCAACAUGCAGGAUAAUGAUUGCGACAUGGAAAAUAUCAACAACAGCGCUGCAAUGUUACAUGGAGAGAGUCAGACUGAUUUUAGAGCAAUACUCAGUUAUGGCGUGCAAGAACCGAGAAAGCUUUCGAACGGUAUAGUAGAGAUGCUGUCUGUGUGCGGCACAACAGUUCAUAGAGUCGGACUUCAGACGGUACCUAAUGAACUGUGCCCAUGUGUGCCCCUCAUGGCCUGGAACACCUGUGCCUUCACUAUUCAGGCCAUUGAAAACAUAUUACUUGAAGAGGACAAGCCACUCUUUGGGUCUUUACAAAAUAGACAGCUGGCAGGUCUGAAGGCGACCGUUCAGUUCUCAGCAGCACAAAGAAUUAUAAUCCCCCAGGCAGUUAUUCAAAGACACUUCACUGAAAUGUUAGCAGUUCUGCUGCCAGCCAUAAGUGGAAAGAAUAUACCUUCUAUUUUGGAAGUUGACUUUUUCCAUCUUCUGGUGGGUUUAGUGUUGUCUCUGCCCUCGUUGUACCAAGAGGAGACUGUAGACUUGCAGCCAUCUGCUGUCAGCUCAGCCUAUAACCACCUACACAUCCUGCAUCUGGUUACGAUGGCUCAUGUACUGCAGGUGUUGAUCCUCGCAACAGACCUCCCUGUGGUGGUUGGUGAUGAAGAAACGGAGGAAGCAAGAGCAGCAGCAGAACUACACACUCUUGUGUCACAGCACACUGGAAGGCGACUUCCUGAUGUGGGAGGCAGUUCUGUAGCUGAAAGAGUGAAAACAGGAAUUGAGUCGUUUUUGCGCUGUACUGCUCUAUUUUUUAGCUGCCUUACUGGUGUACGUCCACCAGAGGAACUUUAUUGUACUUCAGUUUCUUGUCGAGGCCAGAUGGAGGCGUUAUGCAGUUACUUGGCACUUCCCUCCAAUGUGUUCCAGCUCUUCCAGGAGCACAAAGACACUGUGGCACCACUACUGCAUAGGUGGUGCAGCAGUCCAGCAAUAACCAAAGCUCUGAGAGGCAAAAUCCAGACAGUCAGAUAUCCCAGGACGAGAAAUCAACUAAUUGACCUUCCGGAGGAUUAUAGCACUUUGCUCAAUCAAGCCAGCCAUUUUAAAUGUCCCAAGUCUGCGGACGAUGAAAGAAAGCAUCCCACUUUGUGCCUGUUCUGCGGCACCAUGCUGUGCUCUCAGAGCUCCUGCUGCUACAGUCAGCUAGAGGGAGAAGAUGUGGGUGCCUGCACCGCACAUGCUGCCACCUGUGGCGCAGGAGUGGGCAUGUUUCUCAGGGUAAGAGAGUGUGAAAUUGUACUGAUGGCCAGUAAGACCCGAGGAAGCACAUAUCCUGCUCCAUAUUUGGAUGACUACGGCGAGACUGAUCCUCAUCUUGGGAGGGGCAAUCCACUGCACCUUUGUCCAGAACGUUACCGAAAGUUGAAGCAGAUGUGGCAGCAGCACUGCAUCCUGGAGGAGAUUGCUCGCAGCUUGGAGCUGGUCAAUGUCAUGUUUGCUUUUGACUGGCAAAUGUUGUGA